AUGGAUCUAUUCGACUUUUUCCGUGACUGGGACCUGGAUCAGCAAUGUCAUUAUGAACAAGAGCGGAAUGCACUGAAAAGAAAAGAAUGGGAGAGAAGAACUCAAGAGGUCCAGCAGGAUGAAGAUCUCUUUGCUUCUGGUUUUAAUCUUUUUGGGGAGCCUUACAAGACAAAUAAAGGAGAUGCUCUUGCAAACCGUGUCCAGAAUACCCUGGGAAACUAUGAUGAGAUGAAAGACUUGCUGACCAAUCACUCCAACCAGAGCCAUCUGGUAGGAAUCCCAAAAAAUUCUGUUCCUCAAACACCAGUUGAGAAAAACGAGCAAAACUUCUUUCCAGAGCAAAGAAACAGAGUGGCACAAUGCCAUCAGAGUAAUAACCAUUCAUCCACAUCAAUGCCACCACCCUCAGGCUUGGCUCCAAUGUCCACAAUGGUUCAUGAAGGAACAAGAAAGUCAAGAAUGGAUUGGCCACAUGGUGGACAUAACUCUACUUGUACACAAUCAAGCCAAUCAAGUCGAUCAAAACACAGCUCGUCUCAUGAUUUAUCACAAAUUAGGUAUGAAGACCUUUAUAACUGCCAAAAUGAGCAGCAUAAAAUUGUAAAUGUGGAGGAACCAGUGCCCGCAACUUCACCAGCUCACUCAAGGAGAUUUAAUCACUCAAAAACAUUGAGUGGGGAACAAUCUUACAAAGAAACCAUUCAUUCAAAGUCUCCCAUUGAUUUAGAACUUUCAGGACAUAGCUCUGUGUCUCCUCUUCCUUCUACAUCUCUUCUUCUGGCAGUCAAUAGUCUGUCCUCUCAAAACUUUCCCCCCGGACUUCACAGUAAAAGUAGCAUUAUGCAACAGAAGCCAACAGCCUAUGUCAGGCCAAUGGAUGGUCAGGACCAAGUACCCAAUGACUCACCUGAAUUAAAGCCACCAACAGAAUUUGAAGAUGGAUUUAACAGCCAGUCUUUUGGAGCAAUACUGGAAGGAAAGGUCAAUGCGGCAGUCAGCAAGACCAAACUGCCAAAGCUUAGCAUUCCUCAAAAUAGUGAAGUCAGUCUACCAAAUGAUCCCAGCUUUGUUGAAGAAAUCUUACGGGAAAUGACACAUUCAUGGCCUCCACCUCUGACAGCUAUCCAUACCCCCUGUAAAACUGAGCAGUCCAAGUUUCCCAUUUCCAAUAAAGACUCUACACAUCUGACCUCAGGAUACAGCAUUCAAAAGCGUUGUGAUGUUACAAACAAACCUCAAGUGAAAUCCGUCGCACAGAAGUCCAUGCUUGAAGAUGACCUAAAGCUGAGCAGUGAUGAAGAAGACAGUGAGCAGGCCAGUGAAAAGUUAAAACAGCAGAGAAGUGUGCCAGUAAACGGCCUUCCCCUACCAGUGGCUCAUAAUUCCAGCUUGGUGAACUCCAGUGGAGCCUCUGGAAGUUCCAGUGAAUCAGAGACGAGCUCUGAAUCAGAUUCUGACAGCGAGAGCAGUUCAAGCGACAGUGAAUGUAAUGAAGAAAAUCGUAAUGUAACCGCAGAGCCUGAACCACCUUCCACGAACAAAUGGCAGCUGGAUAAGUGGUUAAAUAAAGUCAAUCCGCACAAUAAAACCAUAAUUAACAACCAAAAUGAUGUUCAUUCGGAAAACAAUUCUGAGGCUCAAAACAACCAACAGAUUGCGGGAGACAGUAAAAGAGAACUUGACAAUAUUAUCCCUCAGCCUGACUCCUUGCCCAAAGAGAGGGAGUUGCUGAGUCCUGUAAGAGAAAAAAGCAAAACCAGAGUAACCCAAAAACCACAGGAGACAAAAAACUUAAAGCAGAAGUCACCAGCCCACGAUGAACCAACUCCACAAAGAGCUGUUGCUAAGAAACAACCAAAAAGGGUUGAAAGAACUUCUAGCGGUGAAGACUACACGUGGAACAAACCAAACCCCACCAGCAGCACUCCCAAAGAGAAGGACUUACGAGAAAACCAAGAGCCACCAAAAGCAAGGACAAAAACCACUGUUGCUAAAACAGCACCACGAAAGGAACAAAGGACUAGUACUGGAAGUACUUCUGACAAAAAGAAAGCCAGGGGAGCAAAUAAAAUUGUUCCUAAAUCUAGGGAAUUUAUUGAAACCGAUUCUGCAUCUGAUUCAAACACUGACCAAGAUGAGGUCAUGCAGGUUAAGGUCUCAACGACUGGGCCUAUUAAUCCGGUCAAGCCAAAGGACUGCAGCAGCAACAUCUUAAGUGUGAGCAGCUUAACAAGCAACAGCAGCAGUAUAUCACUAGACCAGACACAUAAUGAUCUGGAGGAGCCAUUUUCACCACUGCCUGUUGUUCAGAGUGAACUGCUUUCACCUUUAAGAGAAUUUGAAGAGCUCAAAUCAUUAUGGGUGAAAAUAGAUCUCAGUCUUUUAUCCAGAAUACCAGGCCAAGAUACAUUUGAGAGUGAAGCUUUAAAGAAUGAAGCAAGAGAUACGGGUUUUAAACAUAAGCCUCAAACACCAGCCACAGCCCCUGAAAAAAAUGCUACAAAAUCAAGACGGAAGCACAAGCAGUCUGAAAGCAGUGACAUACAGAGUGACAGCAAGAAACAACGUUUGGAUGACUCUAUCACCCCCUGUCUGCUCCCUCCAUGCAUCUCUCCAAUUCCUAAUAGGACAACUAGCACUAAAGAAACAAAAAAAUCAGCCAAAAAAAGAGAGGAAAAAAGUGUCCCUCCUUUGCUGUCACCUUUGGGGGAUGAGCCAGUUCACAGAUUACAUUCCAAUGACAACAGUUCUUUUAUUCAGGAGGGCAGUACUGGAACUGUGCAGGUUCCUGUCACUGCCUCAAGACACAAAAAGAAUGGGAGCACAACAAACAUUAAAGUAGAUGAGCACAGGAGACCACCAAGCAGUGGCCUUGAAACUAUCCAACAUCACAUUGAGCCUGAUGUAUGGUCAUCAAUACCUGCAAUAAGCAAUGGCAAUACUGAUUCUCGAAGAACAAAGAUAAUGUUUGAUGAAGCAUUACAUAAUGCUGAUUAUUACAUGCAGGAAGCAAAAAGGUUGAAGCAUAAAGCAGAUGCUUUGAUAGAAAAGUUUGGCAAAGCUGUGAAUUAUGCUGACGCUGCCCUCUCUUUCAUUGAGUGCGGCAAUGCUAUGGAGCGAGAUCCAUUAGAAGCGAAAUCUCCAUACACCAUGUACUCCGAGACUGUGGAACUCAUCAGGUAUGCAAUGAGACUGAAGAAUUUCACAGGCUCUGCUGCCAAUGAAGGAGAGAAAAAGCUAGCUGUAUUAUGCUACAGAUGCCUAUCUCUGCUCUACUUGAGAAUGUUUAAAUUAAAGAAGGACCAUGCUAUGAAAUAUUCCAGAUCGCUUAUGGAGUAUUUUAAGAACUCGUCCAAAUCUUCACAAGCACCAUCUCCAUGGGGAGGCAAUGGAAAGAAUACAGAGAUCCCUUCUCCAAUGUCACUGAGCCCAUCUCCAGCAGGAUCUGCUGUGAACAGCAUUGUGGCCCCAGGCUCCUCUUCUACAGGCACAGUGUCUAUUCCACAGCGUAUUCAUCACAUGGCUGCCAGUCAUGUAAAUAUCACCAACAAUGUAUUGCGUAGUUAUGAACACUGGGACAUGGCUGACAAGCUUGCAAGGGAAAAUAAAGAAUUCUUUUGUGACCUUGAUAUGGUAAUGGAACCGUUAACACAACACAGUACAAUGACCGACUUGGUCCGCUAUGUUCGACAAGGACUUCACUGGUUACGCAUUGAAGCGCAGUUAUUGUAGUGUCUACUAUUUUCAUCAUACAUUUACUGGAUUCUACCUCUACCGGCAAAAAGAAAGUCGCUGGUGGAAAUCCACUCAUGUACCGCAACUUCAGCUUUUUAUAUUAUGUCUCUUGGAAGUGGAUUUUACCAUCUUUGAAAAUUCAUAUCACACCGUAGCAUUAAUUGAUUCAGCCAUUCAUUUCCAAA